AUGAUUCUUUGUGUGCCUGGUCCUCGAGCUCUUCUGCCCGCUUCUGCAUCUCCGGACAGUCUGCUGGGCAUGCGGACAGAGAAUGUACAAUCAAAUUCUUGCCUUCAAACCACCCCUCUUUUCUGGGACCCCGCUAAAGACCUGCAGACAAUUGCCAGUAACUUCUACUACCUGGAAAAUUCAGGAUGGUAUUGGGGUGCCAUAACAGCAGCACAGGCACACUCUGCACUACAGGAGGCCUCGGAAGGAGCUUUUUUGAUCCGAGACAGCUCCCACCCCAUGUACAUGCUCACAUUAUCGGUGCGGACGGCGCGAGGUCCCACCAGUAUACGAAUCCAAUACAAAGCAUCGCGAUUUUUACUGGACUCUAGCUCCCCGGCUCGCCCCAGCCUUUCCACGUUCCCAAAUAUACCCAGUCUGGUGCAGCACUACAUGGGACCAGAGAGGCACGCGGAGGAGAAGAAAGAGCAGGAAAAACCAAAUUCAAAGAACGCUCAAGAUACUUCGAUUGUGCUGAAACUAAAACAUGCCGUGUACAAGCCUCAGGGACUGCCGACGCUGCAGCAUCUCACGCGACUGGUGAUAAACCGGCACACGGACUGCACCGAAAUGCUUCCACUUCCAGGGCCGCUUCUCCGCUACGUACAGGACUAUCCCUUCAAGGUAUGA